GAAUAUAACGUGUGAAUAUUAAACUUUUGAGAUCCAAACAUUUUUAUUAAUAUCUCUCUUUCGUCUUCGAUUUUGGUCGUUUUCUUUCUUUCUUUCCAAAUCUCAAUUUUAGGGUUUAUCUUUACUUUCACUAACAUUUUGGGGACAACACACCUCACCGCCAUGGGUUUCUUGGACGAAAAUCUUCCUGCUCAACCUCCCUUACCUGAAACCCUAGACCAAUCCAUUGAAAAGACCAAUACCGAUUCCGUCGCCGAUGCGGAUAAUACCGCUACUGCCGAUGCUGAUGCUGCUCCUACUGAGCCUGCUCCGGCCGCCGUAAAGCCUUUACCGCCGACUCUGCUUUUAGAGAAUGGCCUCGCGCACAGUGGUACAGGUACUGGUAAUGGUACUGAUAGGGAUUGCUCUGGUGGUGAGGAAGAAACGACGAGUAAGCGAAAACGUCGGAGUAGAUGGGACCCGCAGCCUGAGAUUGAUAACCAGACGGCUGCUGCUGCCGGUUCCGGUGCCGGUGGUGAUUCAGGUAGCGGACCGCGAAAGAGGAAGUCUCGUUGGGCUGAUGAUGAUCCGAAGCCGGUGAUUCAGUUGCCUGAUUUUAUGGGAGGUAUUGAAUUUGAUCCUGAAAUUCAAGCUUUGAAUAGUAGACUUCUUGAGAUUAGUAGAAUGUUGUCUUCUGGUUUGCCUUUAGAUGAUCGUCCUGAAGGGGCUAGGUCUCCUUCACCUGAACCUAUAUAUGAUAAUAUGGGAAUUAGGAUUAAUACUAGAGAGUAUCGUGCUCGUGAGAGAUUGAAUAAGGAGAGACAGGAAAUUAUAGCUCAGAUUAUUAAGCGAAACCCGGCUUUUAAACCACCGGCAGAUUAUAGGCCACCCAAGCUUCAGAAGAAGCUUUAUAUUCCCAUGAAAGAAUACCCGGGUUAUAAUUUUAUUGGGCUCAUUAUUGGCCCUAGGGGUAAUACCCAGAAGAGAAUGGAGAAAGAAACCGGUGCGAAAAUAGUAAUUCGCGGUAAAGGUUCGGUGAAAGAGGGUAGGUUGCAGCAGAAGAGAGAUUUAAAACCUGAUCCGUCUGAGAAUGAGGAUUUGCAUGUUUUGGUGGAGGCAGACACACAAGAUGCGCUUGAUGCUGCGGCGGGGAUGGUUGAGAAGCUCUUGCAGCCUGUAGAUGAGGUUUUGAAUGAGCAUAAGAGGCAGCAGCUUAGGGAACUUGCAGCCUUGAAUGGAACAAUAAGGGAUGAAGAGUAUUGUAGAUUGUGUGGUGAGCCAGGUCAUCGCCAAUAUGCUUGUCCUUCGCGCACUUCAACUUUUAAGAGUGAUGUUCUUUGUAAAAUUUGUGGUGAUGGUGGUCAUCCGACUAUUGAUUGUCCGGUGAAGGGUACAACCGGGAAGAAGAUGGAUGAUGAGUACCAGAACUUCUUGGCAGAGUUAGGUGGGACGGUUCCCGAGUCUGCCAUCAAGCAAACUGCUACCUUAGCAAUUGGACCUGGUAGUACAGGAAGUAAUCCUCCGUGGGCUAACAAUAAUAGCAGUGCUGUUAGUGGUGCUAUUACUGUUUCUUCGCAUCCAGGUUUGGGGUCAUCACCUGUGAUGAAGCCUAAGGAAUAUGAUGAUACUAAUUUGUAUAUUGGAUACUUGCCACCUACUCUUGAUGAUGAUUCUUUAAUCCGGUUGUUUUCACCUUUUGGUGAUAUUGUUAUGGCAAAGGUUAUAAAGGACCGAAUUACCGGAUUGAGCAAGGGUUAUGGCUUUGUGAAAUACUCUGAUGUACAAAUGGCCAAUACCGCGAUUACUAGCAUGAAUGGUUAUCGUCUAGAGGGCCGAACUAUUGCUGUUAGAGUUGCUGGUAAGCCUCCACAGCCUACUGUGCCUCCUGGACCACCGGCAUCAGCACCAUCUGCAUUUCCUGUUUCUAGUCAGCCUAUGGGUGCUUAUCCAUCCCAGCAAUUUGCACCAGGUGGUCCCCUGGGAAAUGCACCACCUCCUAGCUAUUCUGGUACUCCAGUUCCAUGGGGACCCCCUGUUCCAUCUCCAUAUGCUGGUUACCCGCCACCUCCUCCUGGUUCAAAUAUGUAUCCUCCUAUGCAUGGUCAACCUAUGGCCCCUUAUGGUGUUCAGUAUCCUCCAUCAAUGCAGGCAGGCCCCCCUGGUGCCCCGCCACAGCCGCCUACUACAAGUGAAGCUCAACAGAGUUACCCUCCAGGUGUGCAAUCCGAAAAUGGUGCUUCUCAAUCUUUACCAAGCAAUAUGUAUGGGAACUCUGUAGCAACAAUGCCACCCAAUGGUCAACCUGCAUACCCCCCUCCAGCUUCUUAUGGUUAUUCAUCUUAUUACACCAGCACUCCUCCCCCUCCUCCCGCACCCUUACCCGGUUCUAAUACAGACCAAUCUCAGAGCAUUGGAAAUGUUCCUUGGGCCACAAAUUCCUCUGUUCCACCUCCUCCUCCUCCAGCAGAGAAGACAGCUUUCGGUGCAGAUGCGGAGUAUGAGAAGUUUAUGGCAGAGAUGAAAUGAUGUGGUUCCCUUUCCGGUUUGUCUUCAAGUGUCAGGCCUGAUGUUUCUUGGAGCUCUUGCCAUGACUUAGUUGGAAGUUUGGGAUUCACCUCUUUAACCUUCCUGUACUGUUGUGAACUUUGCAGAAACUCGGGGUGAAAAAGUGCAAGUUGAGACAACAUAUUAUGUUGGAGAAGCAAUUUUAAACCACAUAUUAUUGAUUAUAUAUUUUUGUUUGAUUUCUUUGUUGGACUUAUUAAUUUUGUCAUGUUUUAGACUCACAGUUUCUUAUGCUUAUACCUUAUGAUGUGUCUGUCUGGUCCCUAAUGUUUUCCUGAACUUUCUAUUGUCUGGUUUACUGACACUCUCUUGUUGUGACACUAACUUUUUGUGGGUUGCUCAAUUGAUUUUGUUUGUUCCUUCUUUAA